AUGGCGGAUCGCCAGCACCCCCGCGAAGGCUCUGACACCUCCCUCAAUGGGGGUAUUGCGUCUCCUCACACCAGCACCGACCGAUCUCCAUCCACUCGGAACCUGCGGGUCUCGCACAUGUCUACAUCAAACCACCAGCACCGCCAGAGCUUGAGCGAGACCCUGCGCGGCCCCCCGGGGUCUCCACGCACGCGCAGACAGCCGUCCACCCAGUCGGCCAUCCAGAGCCUGAUCGACAACCCGCCGCCUCCGAAGAAUGGCGACCCAGCGUUUGUUGGCCGCGAUUGGCGCGAGAUCUCUAUUGGCGAGCUUGUCAGCCCGGACGAUCUGCGGUUUGUCGAGGUUGACACCGGCAUUGAGGAGGCGACCAAUACAUUGAUCGAUUCCGGGGCGCCAGUGCUUUUGGUCCGGGAAACGCCUCAGCAUACCUCUGCUGUCGGAACCUUCGACUACUCUGACCUCAACUCGUAUCUUCUCCUGGCGGCGGGGCUGACAUUCCCCGACGAGCAGCAUCGCGCAUCGUAUGAGGAGCUGGCCAGGAAGGCUCGAGAAGGGGGAAAGAUUCCGUUGAAAGAUGUCAAACCCCUGGGCGUUGAAAGAGAACCACUGGUCACGUUGCCGGCGUCGACCAAUGUGCUGACGGCUGUCGAGACUUUUGGUGGGGGAGUACACCGGGUUGUGGUGAUCAAGGAGUCGAACGACCAGGAGGUUGUGGGCAUCUUCAGUCAGUUCCGACUGGUGAAGUUCCUCUGGGAGAAUGGGCGCAGUUUCCCUGUCAUUGAAGAACUCUACCCGCAACCUCUGCGCGAACUUCAGAUAGGGUCCCACGAAGUGAUCUCCAUCAACGGGGAUAAACCCCUCUGCGAAGCUCUGCAGGUGUUGAACAACGAGGGCGUGUCGUCCAUCGUCGUUGUGGAUAAUCACUAUAACGUGAUCGGCAAUAUUUCUACAGCAGAUGUCAAGCUUCUGACGCGAUCCUCAUCACUUCCGCUUCUUCAAAACACCUGCACGCAUUUUAUCUCCGUCAUCCUAUCCACCAGGGGCCUGGUCGAAGGCAAAGACUCGUUCCCGGUCUUCCAUGUGAACCCGGGAUCGACGCUGGCUCAUACAGUCGCAAAGCUUGUGGCGACCCGAUCACAUCGGCUCUGGGUAACGGAUCCGUUGUCUCCAUCCUCAUCAGGGCCACCAACCCCAUCCCAUUCCACCGCGCACAUCCCGCUGGCCACCAGUAUGAGCCAACCAGCUGCCGUGUCUAACAGUGCACUGUCUCCGCCCGCAUCUCCUCUUCCUCCAACUAUGAAUCCAGCUGGGCAGCCUCCCAGCUAUACUACUCCCCAUUUACCGACUCCUCAGUCUUUGACUAACACGAAUCCGGCCCCCCACGCCACACCUGGCGUGGCACCUUCUAUCCCUGCAUCUGCAUUGCCAGGGGCCCGACUGUCUGGGCGACUGGUCGGUGUGGUCAGCUUGACCGACAUCUUGAACCUGCACGCCCGGGCCAGCGGGCUGAGCCCUGCCGACCCCGCCGAGUCACGAAGCCGCCGACGCCGCAGCAGCUCUUCGGGCUUGAGCGUGCGACGCAGUGGUGAGAUUGGCCGGGAACUCUUCAGUCGUGGCGGCAUGUAG